AUGUCCAUCCAGCCGUCGGAUGGUCUCAAGAAUUUCCAGAAGCCUCUGGAUGCAAGCUCCUUGGAGCCGGAAAACCCCAAAAUUGUCAAGAGUCCGACUGACGAUGACAAGGUCCCACAGCAUCACAAGAUGGGACUGUUGGGUGCCAUCAGCUUCGUUUGUGGGAACAUGAUUGGCGCCGGGCUGUUCAUCACGCCCAGUUCGGUCGUAAAAUACACAAAUUCCGUGGGACUGGCGCUUACUGUAUGGGUGCUGUCGGCCGUAAUCUCUGUUCUGGGAGCCUACUGUUAUGUGGAGUUGGGAACGUCGAUAAGGAAGAGUGGAGCGGAUUUUGCGUACCUGUGCUAUGUCGGGUGGUAAGUGGGGAAGAGGGUUUUGUUAAUGAUAGAUGAAGUUUUAGAAGUAUGAAGUUUAUAUGUUAAAAAUUGGCUGCAUAGGCGCUAUGACUUUUUGUGUCAGCGACAGUUUGGGUCAACGAUACUAUGGUUCGUCGCUGUAUGCAAAGGGCAGGCUAGGAGAGAGCUUAAUUACAGCGACGGACCUGUUCCAGUGGCAAAAAACGUACCAUUUUGCAUCCGGGAAGUAUCAAAGAUGUGGCAAAUACCUCCCUCUCCAACAAAAAAUCUCCGUUUUGAAGGGCGCGCCUUCCGGAGCAAAAGAGAGCGCCGAGAGUCCGCCGACCAUCCAAAAGCUUUGCCAGGCCUCGUAGACCCAAAAAAAUACAAUUAUGUUUUGGGCACCACCUCUUCUACGCCCCGUAUCGAUCAAUUUUGUGGUGACCCGAACUGUUGCCGUCCCGAAAAGUCGGGACUAGGCUACAAAUUGAAAUUUAGGGCCAACAACUUCAAAAUUUCUUGUUUAAGGUUCCCAGCCGCAUUCUCGUUCAUGUCGACUGGCUGUUUGAUGAUGUACCCAUCAAUCGUCGCUGUCCAGGCUCAAGCCUUCAGCGAAUAUUUAUUCCAAGGAAUUCGAAUUCACAUCGAAGACAAAACCUUGGAGCAUGUGGCAAAAGUUCUUGUCAGCUUUACUCUUGUUUGUAAGUACCACUGCUAAAUUAUUUUACCACCCGUAAAAUCCAUUAAAACCCAUUUUUCAGGGGCUUUAUGUAUCCUCAAUUUCUUCUCGUUAAAAAGAUUUGCAUCGAGAUUUCAAGUGGUUGCAACGAGCGCUAAAAUUUUGGCCACAUUACUUAUCGUUGUCAUUGGGUUUUACUUUUUGAUUUUCAAAGGGAAAACUGAAAAUUUGCAAAGCCCGUUCGAGGGGUCGAAUUGGCAGGCAGCGCCGCUGGCGAUGGGAUUUUUCCAAGCCUUGUUUUCGUAUGAUGGAUGGGAUAUUUUGAAUUUUGGAAUCGAAGAGGUCGAUAAGCCGAGACGGUAAUAAAAAAGUCAUCAGAUUUUUUCUCGUAUCUGCAAUUCUACCUUGACUUUAUUACUGUAUUAUACAACAUUUUUUCAUUGUUUUAGAACUCUCCCUUUGGCCAUCCUUCUUGGAGUCGCCAUUGUUGCUCUGACAUUUUUUGUCACAAAUUUUGCGUAUCUGGUGGUUCUCAGUAUUGAUGAGAUUUUAAUUUCACCGGCUAUUGCCCAGACCUUUGCCCAGAAGACUAUGGGAAAUAUGCAAUAUGUAAUGCCCUUCUUGACGAGCAUGAUGCUGAUUGGCUCUUUGAAUGCGACGAUUUUUACGGCCAGUCGGUAAGUUAAAUUAGUUUUCGUGGGGUCAGAGUAUCUCGGACAGGAUCUAACGCAUUUUAUCGCCAUAUCAAGCCUGCCGCCUAGAAGCGUGAAGUAAAAAAAUUACCAAAAGUUUUACUCACUAAUAUGUGGGCUAGGCGCUGCAAGUUGGCGCCAAGUAUUUCCCGUUUGUGUCAAGUUUCUCUCUCCCAGAAGAAGCAUUGGUUUCACAAUAUCGCACACAAAUAAAAAUAUUUUUUUCGGCAGAGAAAAACUUGACACAUCAGGGAAGGACUUGGCGCCAACCUUCAGUAGUGUAAGCAAAAUCUUACCGUAGUAUCUUCAGCUUGUUUUAAAGUGCUUUGUGACCAAUUUUUAACCUGCACAUAAGAUUGUAAAGACCUGCUAAAGACCUGUGUGUGUGCCUUACAAAUUAUACAUUGAAGGACCUGAUCCAGUGGCAAAAAACGUAUCAUUUUGCAUCCGGGAAGUACCAAAAAAUGUAGCAUAAUACCUCCCUCUCCAAGUUAAAUAACUUCGUUUUGAAGCGCGCGCCUUUCCCUCAGAAAAAGAGAACUUUGUGAUACCUCCUGGAUGCAAAAUGGUACGUUUUUUGCCACUGGAUCAGGUCCCCCACUGCAACACAAGGAAGACCCUCCUUUUCAGCUACCUCUUUGCCGCUGCUCGUCAUGGCCAUAUGCCUUCAUUCCUCAGCAUCGUCAACGAAAAGACGGGUUCUCCUCGAGCUGCUAUUUUCUACCACUCCGUUCUGGCCUUCACUUUUACCAUGGUUGGCGACACCGAGACACUCGUUAAUAGUCUUGGAUUUGCUCAAUACCUACAACGAUUACUCACAAUGUCCGCACUUCUGUACAUUCGAUUUAGUGGGAUGAAGGUUCAUCCGGAGAGAAUUCAAAUUCCGAUUAUUUUGCCUAUCCUAUUUAUGCUGAUUUGCUUGGCAUUGGUCGUUACAACAAUCUGGCUGGAUAUCAAAACAGCUGCGGUUGGAUUGGCUUUCUUGCUGACCGCUUUUGCAUUUUACUUUAUAUUUUUGUGGGAUCAAUCGUUGAUGCGGUUUCCGGGAUAUCAGAAGUUCUGCAAUGAGGUUAAUGGUGAGUUUUCUAGCUUGUAAAAAACUUUUUUCAUUUUGAAAAAUUUUUUGGCUCUCUCAAAAAUUUUUGAUUAUUUUUUCAGCCUUGCAAUAGGAUCUAAACUUGGCAUUACCGUUGCUGUAAAACACUGCUAUUACUAUUGCAGAAAAGGCAAACGUUUGAUUUAUUAGGCCAUCCGAAAAAAAGAUAUAAGCAAUUGAUUUUGUCCCCAUCUUUUUGGUGCCUCUUGUACAGUACAAAUUUGAAUUUUACGAGGGCCGGCCUAGGCAGUAUACAGUGGGGGACCUGAUCUAGUUGCAAAAAACGUAUCGUUUUGCAUCCGGGAAGCAUCAAAAAUGUGUCAAAAUGCCUCCCUCUCGAAGUGAAAUAACUUAAUUUUGAUGGGCGCGCCUUUUCCCUCACAAAAAGUGUGGGGGCUUUUGAAAUAGGAGUUUUUUCACUUGAAAAUGGAGUUAUUUUGCCACAUUUUUGAUACUUCCCGGACGCAAAAUGGUACGUUUUUUGCCCGGUCAGGUUCUCCACUGUAUGAGUUGUUACAAAAAAUUACCACAGCUUCACAGGGCACAAAAUUUUACAGUCUUUUCGCCGAAAAUUUGAAGGAAGUCUGAAGAAUAACUUCAGAAUUUUUAAUUUCAGAAUUAAAAUACGCCGGGCAUAAAGAAUACAAUAUUCAAAUUUUCAUUUCCAGACAAAGCCACCUCCAUCAACGAGUCCAUUUUCAACGCCAAAGCCCAAAAGGACAAACAUCAUGAGGAGUUCGAUGGCCACAGCAACUACUCGGACAAUGGAAUACAUUGA